UUACCUAGGGUUUUGACACAAGCACACACUGUGAUAAAGGAGCUCAAUCCUCUCAUCUUUUAUUCUUGCUGCCUGGUAGUGUCUAGCCGGAGAUCAAUCGGAGCAUUAAGAUCAUCCGCCGGCAACCAUGGGUAUUUCUCGGGAUUCCAUGCACAAGAGGCGUGCCACUGGCGGGAAGAAGAAGGCUUGGAGGAAGAAGAGAAAGUAUGAGCUCGGAAGACAGCCCGCGAACACAAAGUUGUCGAGCAACAAGACUGUUCGCAGAGUGAGGGUUCGUGGAGGUAAUGUCAAGUGGCGCGCAUUGAGGCUGGACACAGGAAACUACUCGUGGGGUAGUGAGGCCGUGACCCGAAAGACUCGUAUUUUGGAUGUUGUGUACAAUGCGUCUAACAACGAGCUGGUUAGGACACAGACUUUGGUAAAAAGUGCUAUUAUCCAAGUGGAUGCUGCACCAUUCAAGCAGUGGUACCUUCAGCAUUAUGGAGUGGACAUUGGCCGGAAGAAGAAGGCUGUUUCCAAGAAGGAAGGAGAGGAAAAUGAGACUGCUGCUACUGAAGAGGUAAAGAAGAGCAAACAUGUCCAAAGAAAACUCGAAAAGCGUCAGCAGGAUCGUAAAAUCGAUCCUCAUAUUGAAGAGCAAUUUGGUGGUGGCCGUUUGUUGGCAGCAAUCUCCUCCCGCCCUGGCCAGUGUGGGCGUGCUGAUGGUUAUAUUCUGGAGGGCAAGGAACUGGAAUUUUACAUGAAGAAACUUCAGAGGAAGAAAGGAAAGAGUGCAGGGGGCGCCUAAGGAAUUUUCCAUUUCAGCACAACCUUUUUCUUUUUGUUAUUUUGCCUUGUGAUUUGCUCAGAGCACAUCUGUUUUCUUGCAUGAGCUUUUAAUUUUAUAGUGAUGUUGAACGCUUACCAGUUGUUACUUAUGUUUUGAUAUUUUAUGUAGAAUUAAAUAUACUUUUGUUUUCCAUUAUUGCUGAUCAAUUGCUUUUAACCUCUAUUUUGUCUGCUAAUCUUCAUUUUGCCCUCACUAUUUUACUUUGAAAUGAUAUUGGCACCCACAUAUUAAUCAAGUAUAUAAAUAUCUAUGUAUCAUGAAAAAUAA